UUUAUAUUCCCAUAAUAAAAAAUGUAACAGUGUAUGAACUUAGCUCUUGGUCAAGCCAAGAUAAAGGUUUUUUGAUUCGCCGAUAAGGCAUAUAUUCCAUAUAAAUAUUUCAUAUUCAAAAUUAGAUACUUUUUUGUCAUUUCAUAUUUAUGUUUUAGAAUAAUUGCCGUGACCAUCGUUUAUUACUUUUUUCUUUGAAAGAAAUAGUUCUUAAUAGUAAUGAAUAGCUCACGUCAAAAUUUAGUAAACCAAGAUGAGUCGGUGGAUUCAGUCGAUAGUGAAAAUGUUCAACCAGCGCCGAUACCAUAUCCAAAGCGUGUAUUUUUCAUCAUCGGUAAUGAAUUCUGUGAACGAUUCAAUUACUUUGGAAUGAAAGCAAUUUUAGUUCUCUACAUAACCGAAAAACUGAAUAAAGAUGACAAUUUUGCGACGGUACAAUUCCACGCGUUCAGUAUGUUGGUCUAUUUUGCAAACGUAUUUGGUGGCAUUUUAUGUGACAAUUGGUUGGGCAAAUUCAAGACAAUUAUCUAUUUAUCGAUGGUUUAUUGUAUUGGGAGUGUAGUCAUGGCCGUUGGUGCAGUUCCACAUAUCAAUGUCUCAGCAGAAAAUCUUAUGUACAUUGGACUGUUUCUCAUUGCUUUUGGAAGUGGUGGAAUCAAGCCUUGUGUGUCGGCAUUUGCUGGCGAUCAAUUUAAACUUCCCGAACAAGCAAUCUAUUUGGCACAAUUCUUUUCAAUGUUUUAUGUUUCUAUAAAUGCUGGUUCAUUUAUUUCAAUUACCGUUACACCGGUGUUAAGAGCAAAAGUCCAUUGUUUUGGGGAUAAUGAUUGCUAUUCGCUUGCAUUUGGACUUCCGGCCCUUUUGAUGGUCAUAGCAAUUGGGCUCUUUUUGUUCGGUAAAAAGUGGUACACAAUCAAUUCACCAUGUGGAAUGUCAAUGCUUCAGGUUAUCAAAUGUAUCAUGAAUGGAAUCAUCACUAAAAGACGUGAGAGUGCAACUAAUCCACGUGAACAUUAUCUCGACUAUUCAGUCAAAAAAUUCGGCCAACAAUUGGUGAACGACACAAAAUCUUUAUUGAACUUGAUAGUUUUGUUUUUGCCAUUGUCAAUGUUUUGGGCACUGAACGAUCAGCAAGGUUCGCGAUGGGUUAUUCAGGCCAACAAUAUGAAUGGUGACCUUGGAUUCUAUACAAUUUUGCCGGAUCAAAUGCAAUCGUCGGGUCCAAUUUUACUGUUACUGUUUGCUCCAUUGUUCGAUUAUUGUUUUUAUCCAUUAUUAGGUAAAAUUGGUUUGCAUCGACCGCUACAGAAAAUUUCAAUGAGCGGCUUCUUAGCGGCGAUUGCAAUUUUACUAUCAGCAUUUGUUGAGUGGAAAAUCCAAGUUGAACCAAAGAAAUCAUUGUGUAUUUUAUGGCAGAUACCCCAAAUUGCUGUCAUGAAUAUGGCUGAGGUAAUGUUUUAUGUGACGGGCUUAGCAUUUGCAUAUGAACAAGCACCCAAGGAUAUGAAAUCGAUGGUACAAUCGUUUUGGCUUUUAACCAUCGGUUUGGGCAAUGCAAUUAUUGUAAUUGUAACAGAAUUAAAUAUGUUCACUUCGCAGGUAAAUGAAUUUAUUUUUUUCGCUUGUUCGAUGGUUGUUGCCAUUAUUAUUUUUAUAAUUCUUGCUCAUAAAUAUAAACCUAUCACGACUUUGAAAGAAUGA